AAGGUCACAGAUAAUGAGAGAGGUUGCACUGAAGUACAGUAUUUCUCUUUAACUUAUUCGGACAGUGGACACCGUCGUUUGUCGACAAGGAGAGCGAAGCCGUGCAACCGAAUUAAUUACCUAACGGACCGUCUUCAGUGAUAUGAUCGUCUCGUUUAUGAAGAUUGAUAAUCACGUGAAAACAUAAGGAGUUUUGGAGAGUGACUAAACUAACACAGACUGUGUUCUUAACCAAAGGAAGAGGAUAGCCCGAGGUCCGUUUAGUCAAAAGGAGAAGUCGUUAUUUUCUACCUGAAUAAUAAUAUCAGAGUAACACGACGAUACGGCAUGAUUCGGCUAUCGGUUCCUGCCCCGAAUCACGGAGGCAACACCGUUACCAACACUAAAAUAUCAGAAUGCAAAUUAGUAGUACUCGGCAACUCGAGUGUUGGAAAAUCUGGUAGGUUUGAGAUGAUAACUGAUGAUGGGGAUGAUGAUAAUCAUAACCAUAACAAUAAUGAUGAGACAGGUGAUAAUCAUCGUGAGGGUCAAAUACGGUGGGGUGAGGGAUUUCUAGUUAUCUACAGCGUCACAGACCGCCGUAGUUUUGAUGGAGUUCUCCGAAUUAAAAAUUAUUUGGACGAAGUUAAAAAAGCGCGUAAUGUAUCCAUGGUGAUAUUGGCAAAUAAAACCGAUUUGGAACACAAUCGUGAAGUGUCAUACGAAGAAGGAGAAAAAUUAGCUGAGGAUUUAGCAUGUGCAUUUUUUGAAACAUCGGUUUGUUUAGGUGAUAGAAAUGGGCAUGAAGCCUUCUAUGAACUUGUUCGAGAGGUUCGACGGAGAAAAACGAUGGAUAACAAACAGCGAAGAAAAAGUUCAACGUCACAGCAAAUGAAACAAGUUCUAAAAGGAAUGUUUACGAAAAUAAAUAACAUUCAUUAAGAUUUCCAGAAAAGCAGAAGUGACGUAAAUAUAGUUCAGCGUAUGGAUAAUAGGAACAAGCCGAAAAAGGUUAGCAUCGGUGAGAGAAAGAGUGCUAAUGCAUGCGUUGUUUUGAUGCUGGCAAUCAAAAUAUCGUAAAUACCUCGGAAUGUGGUUUCUCGUCGUCGACUGCUUGUCAUCAUCACAGACCCUAUCAUCAAAUAUGUCAACGUCCAUUAGAUUAUACUACAAACUUUGCAUUGGACAGUUGAACUUCCGGUGAGCACGUUGAAACAAACAUUUUUUUGUUUUAUGUGAACCCUAUGGGAAUCUUGGAUUUUGCUUCUUCUCUUUAUUUUUCGAAGAAAUUAGGCUUGGUCACCCAUGCCUCAAAAUUGAUGAGAGGCAAGAGACUGUUAAAAGGUUAAUGUAAAAACGCACGUUCAAAUAUCUUAUUGGUUAGUACGAAAAAGGCCUACAUUAAGAACAAUUAAUGUACGGUAUCCUAAUGGGAAAAUCCAAAGGUGUGGUACAGUAGCAAAAGUAAUCAGGGAAUUCUUCGGUUCUAAUCCCGGUGACAUAAGUUACAUACAUAUGUCUAAUAUUUAUUAUCACAUUGAGAUAAACAUCAUGUUCAGUUGUCCCAUUUUCGAAGAUUUGUGACGAUGCCACAAUCAUAUAGGCCUUGAAUUGUGAAUCUCUUGUUGGCCUACCAUUUUCAAAGAUUUGUGAUGAUGGUUAUUUAAGCUAGAAAGUAGACCUAAGCUUUGUAAAUUAAGGGAGUUAAUUAAUAAAAUAAAUUUAUUUAGGUUGUUCUUCAAACUAUUGAGGCAGAAUCUGAAAACAGAAAAAUCACAAACAGGCAUAGGCCUAAUCAGUAAGCCUACAAAAUCGCGGUAAAUGCAAAAAUUUCCUAUAUGACAAUGAAUAAAAUAUGCCAUUUCAUUAAUUUAAAUAAAUGUCCAUGUCAAGUCAAGGCAUACCGUAUAUAAACCAAACGGUCUAUAUGUUGGCUGCAAUUGUUCCAGUCCAGCGACUGUAACACUACAAAUUAGAUCUACAGUAGGCUUACAGGCCUACGGUACCGUAUACCCUACGUACCGUAUACCUUUAAGUGUAACGAUGUCAGGGGGUAUACAAAUAAGCGAUAUAAUGCAGACCACAACAUGAUUGUAUGCACAUGCCUUAAACUUUCGAGGAAUUUUUGAAAGCUUGUUGGAAAUGGGGGAUGAUGGGGUGGGCGCUAAGGUGAAGUGGAGGGGGGCCUGAAUGAUUAGGGGGUGCUUGAUACGUCACUGGUUACAAUUCAGCCCGUAGUUAUUUAAUCCACUCAAGGAGCAUCUACUAAAAGUGUAUUCACACCGAAUCCGAAUUUUCGGAUCAGAAAGCCUACCGAAGCGAGCAGAAAAUCGAAUCCGUGUGUAAGAUUUAGGACGUUGAGAUUCAGCGUUCAGAUCCGAUGUGAAUGCAGUUAAUUGUCGAAGAAAUGAGAAGGCGUAGUUUAAGAGAUAAUUUCUGUGUACUUCGGAAAUAGCCAUAUACAAAAGCCAAUUAAAAGGGAUCAAUUAAGAGCAUUUUUGUAAAUUCCAAAAAUAUACCUUGAAGCGUUAUAUGUAAUUGAUUAAUACCAAUCCAUGUAUUUGUCGUUUAUAAUAAAGAUUCAUGUAUUUUAUGGUUUCUUUCAGUACGAAAUGUACUAAUCUGUCGUGUGAAAGUAAUUUUCGGGUUUCGUCUCGUAUUUUGCUUCUAACGGAACUGUAUUUCCAUAUUUACAUUUCUUCAAACAACAAACGUAAACGAUCGUAAUAAUAAACAAUAUUGUUUAAAUGGCCAGUUGAA